AGUUUCCUCCAGCACUGUGAAGAAAAAACCAAGUCUCUGUGAUACAGCAUGGAAAAUUGGAAAAAGAACUUGACUUUAGAGAGAGCCUAAAGGGGCAAGUACAGAAUGUUGCCCAGUAUCCACACUGGAAACUAUUUCAAAUGUACUUUCGAUUCAAAGGGGCUCUUUACUACAAACCUGGAGCUCGCAUUGGCACGAGAUCAAGUUCAUGCUUCACAGCAAGCCAGAAUCCCACCUCAAAGAGAAUCCUGGACAAAGGAACCUCUUGACUUUAGCUAUAAACUGUAUAUCACUCCAAGGAAGCCCGCAGGAAAAUCUAAAGAAGAGCCGAAGAAGACGAAGAUAACAACGAGCACACUGUGUGAAGAUUUGCAAAGAAUAACAUCCAGGUGGAUUCUCCCAGUAAUAGAACAGCAGAAGCCACCAAAGAUAGUUACCAGGUUUCCUCAUAUAGGCCCUUAUGAAGCACAAUUGAUGUUUGUGAAGAAGGGAAAGUUUAAGUGUGGCAAAUACCAAGACCCCAAACCGUAUGAUUUUAGACAGUAUGAAGCAAGUAUUCCAGAUUUUGUGACAAGCUAUGCCCGAGACCCUUUGAAUCUAAAGUUUAAAGUACAGCAUUUAAGCACAGUCUAUGGACUUCAGCCUUUGAAAGAAGAAAAAAGAGGAGCCAAAGGAAGAUUCAUUACAUACAAACCUCGUGAACUGAAGUGGGAUUCAAAGUUAAUUCUGCCCAAAGAGCCUUGGCCUCCUAAACCUUGUUCCUUUACGAGACACAAAGACCAACGACGUGCACACAGUGCCUUUAUUGAACGGGUAGAAGAAGUUUUAAGCAAACUGUGGCAGGAAAAGGCAAAGCAGAAGCAGGAGCAUGAAAAAAGGAGGAGAGCGGGCAAUACAAGGCAAAAGAGACCAAGAGCUUCUCUUCCUGAAAGGGCCUCUGUGGUGAAGUUGGCCGGGAGCUGGCAAACAAAAGACCUGCAAAAAGUAACAUGCCCUGGUAUCGUCGUCUACAGGAGCAAGCGGCUGGAUGAAGCCAGUACAGGCGGGGCUUGUACCACACAUCAAAUCGCAGUCUCUGGCUACUUGUUGCCAACAGGGAUGGUCCAGAGUGUGGAAGAGCUGAGAUGCAAAUAACAAAGGAAUGCGGCGAUGCAUAAAUAGGGCCCUUGAGAGAAAUUACACGACUCAUGCUGCUCUUGUUUAACAUCCAUUUAGUGACAACAGUGCUUUGAGUGCUGCAGGAAUGAAAAUCCUCGGGUGCAUUGCACUGUCUCUUGAAUAUAACACUUGUAAAAAAAAUCAAU